GUUGCGCCAUUAAGAUUCUCAGAAUUCAUUAAAUUAUAGAAGUUAUUCUACUCGUGUGCAAAUAAUUCUUGAUAUCUCAAUUUUCUUACGAAUAUGUCGGGCGCGGCCAGCAUCGGGCUGGACCUGGGCGCAGGCAAGUGCUGUGUUGCCAGCGUGCGCGCUGGAGCGGUGACGGUGUUGCCAAACGCUCACGGCGACAAGACCACUCCGAGUUUUGUUGCCUUCACCGACUCCCGCAGCCUCGUGGGCAGCGAUGCAAGGGACCAGGCGGCGCUCAACGCCACCAACACCGUCUAUGGCGUCAAGACCAUCCUCGGCAGGAGCUUCAGGGACCCGGUCGUGCAAAACUACGCAUCCUACAGCCCAGUGAAGGUCGUGGAUGAUGGGGGGAAGCCUGUGAUGGAUGUGGAGUACCGCGGCGGCAGUCUGCGCGUCGCCCCAGAGCUGGUCGCUGCCAUGCAACUGCUCAAGAUGAGACAAGAAGCUGAAGUCCAAAUUGGGGACAUCGAGGGAGUGGUAGUAGCCGUGCCCGCGUCCUACUGCAACCGCCAGCGAGAGGCGCUCGUGGCGGCUUGUCAAAUUGCCGGGCUGCCUCUGCUGGACCUCAUCAGUGAGACGACAGCCACAGCUCUGGCGUACUGGCACAACCGCGCCCCCUCCGUGGCACAACAAACCAUCCUGGUGUUCGAUAUGGGGGCCAACAAGGUCGACGUCUCAGUGGUCAAAGUGGGUCAAGAUGAAAUUAGUGUUUUGGCGGUGUGCGGGUUCGCUGCUUCCUCAGGCUCUCAUGUGGAUCAGGCUCUCAUGAAGUACGUGGACGACAAAUUCUAUGAUACCCACGGAGUUAGACUACUUGACAACCCACGAGCUACGAUGAGGCUCAAAAUGGCGUGUGAGGAACUCAAGAAGAAACUGACUCUUCUUGAUGCCCAUAAGAUACAGCAGGAUAGUAUUUUACGCGAUCUUUGCUUGGACUUGAAAGUGAGCAGGAGAGAACUAGAUACUCUCUGUUGUCAAACAUUUACUCAAGAAAUGAACGCCGUUUUAAAAACCGUCAUGCGAAAUGCUAAACUCAACAAAGAUCAAAUUGAUGAAGUUGUUGUUGUUGGAGGUUCUUCGAGAGUCCCUUUCGUGGAAGCUGCACUGAAAAAGUAUUUUGAUGGUAAAUCUUUGAAUAGAACUGUCAAUGCUGAUGAGUGUGCAGCCAUUGGAGCCGCUAUCAUGGCAAACAAUCUCAUCAAAGAAGACCGGUCGAGCAGUGUCGUGAUCAACGAGCUGAUUCAAGACCCGACUUCAUGCAAUGUCGAAAUCCAGAUUAAAUUGCAUAAAUAUUUGCCCCUAAAGCCAAAUCUGACAAUUAUCUGCGAAACCUCAGGAACGUGUGGAGACCUCAUCGAAGAGAGAAUACGGUGGUCGUACGCACUAGAUUCAUUCGGAAUUUUUAAAAUUGAAAAGCAGUUUAUAAAACCUUUCAACGAGGAAAAGACAAAACUUGUCGAGUACCUAAAACCUUAUCAAAUACAAGACAUGGUUGAUCAAUUGAAUAGUCUGGAAAGAAUUCGAAAAGACGUGAUCGACGCCGAAAAAGCUGUCAACGAUUUGGAGGAGCUCUGCUACUCAUUGAGGGAACAGUUUGGAUCCUUUGGAGAAUCAGAGAAAAAUCGCGACUUCUUGGAGUACGUUGCUGAAGUUCUCGAGUGGAUUGAUGAGAACGAAAUCAGUUCACUAACCGAGUGUGAGAAACGGCGAAAGAAAUUAGACGCAUUGUCUCAAGAGUUGUCGGAACCAAUUUCGGACGAUGAUGCUGCACUUGAACAUCAGCACGAAAGUCAUUCUUUCUUGCCCAAUCAUAAUGACCACUCGACUGAAUUUGUUGACUCCAGUAAUGGAGAUAGUUUGGACGUAAGUCAGCAGGCACACAGAGAUUGUGAGGAUGGACCAGGGGGAUCCGAUGACGAUGGGACUGGUCCUCAAGUAGAUGAGGAUCUUGACGGAGAUCAAAACUCGGGUGAAGUGUCGCAUGUCCGUGAAGUGGUACCAGAGUCUGACGAAGAAAAUACUCAGAACAAUGAUGCUAUUACCAAUGAAUCUAAUCAUAAAUCUUCUCUAGAAGCUCAGUCGACAGAAAAACUCACAAAUAGAUUAUUAGAUUUUGAAUUCCUGAGAAAGAUGGAUGAGAUUGAAAAAAGGCAAAAAUGUCUCGAGAAUUCAGUGAUUGAAAUUAAAAAUGUUGUGUUUGAAAUUCGGGCAUUGAUGAUGUUAGCAAGUAGUACUAAUAAUUAUCUUGACGUAGCCGUAAAUGGCGGAGUAAAAGGCGGUCUUGAUGGGAUGUUCAGUUAUUUGCUUAGCAAUUGUAACAGUGAAAGUCUGUCUCAGAAUUCCUUGAAUGAUGUGAUAAAUCAAAUUAUGAAUCGCAAUUCACUGGCAAACGAGGACUGUAAUACAGCUGACUUAAUAUCAUUCAGCAGUUCCUCUACGUCAUCAUCGCCGUCAAAGGACACUUCAUGUAAGGAUUUUGCUAUCCUUGAUAUACCCAACGAAUCUUUGCCUCGGUACUUGAAUUCAGAAGACAACUCAACAGCGGAGAGUAUCAACACGAUGGACAACAAGAUUUUCGGGGCCAACGAGCCUGUGGGUUGUUGCGUACCCCAAGAUGACAUCGAUUCAAAAUAUCCUACCAAGAACUGUAUGAGCCAUUCAGAUCAAGCAUUGACACAUCCUAUUGUGAUGGACUUGACUACUCAUCAGGAGGACGCAGACUCUCUGACUUCUUCUGACUUUGGCCAUGAUUGUCACGAUGGAAGUUCUCUUGAUCUCGCGUGUGAUGAAUCGACGAAUAUGAUAAACUUGAACCCCAAGCGAAACUCAAUGGAUUGUCACGAGCGUGAAGUGAAUGACAUUCACCUGAACGGAGGCAUCAGCCUGAUGCGAGAAGAUACCCCAGAAGAGAGCCUGACGCAAGAAGAUACCUCUGAAUCUUGGCGUUUCCAAUGCAACAUUUUGUGAGCCUACAAAUUUCCGGAGAUUAAUAUUGUUUCAAUUUGGAUGAAAUUAUUGAUGCUCUUGAACAGUUUUAACUAUAUUUUAAGGGUGUUCAUAUAUGAAGGUGAUAACUCAGAGUGUCCUAUAUGUCAAAAAAUUAGGUCAAAUUAUUUUGAAUCAUUCAAUAUAUUUUUAUCGAAUUGAUCCUAUACGGACUCAAGAACAAAUGAAACUGCGUGAUUAAGCUUCUUUCCCGGGCAUACUGAGAAUUUCACACGGUCCUUUAUUAAUGUACAACGAACGUAACCUCAUGUAACGUUUCGGCAAUCAGCGUUAAUGAGUGUAGGACCAGGUUGGUGUGAUGGGCUGGUGGAAUUACAUCAUCGUAACUCGUAAGUGUAGUAGCUCUUACGAAGUCAUAAGUGUUGCACUUACGUCAUCGUAUGAGCGACAUUGCGCGAUGCAAUGUUGCGUGCGCUGGUUUGUUUUGACUCGGAUAUUUUGUGGGUGAUUUACUUGCAUUUAAAAUAAUCAAAAUAUAACAAAGGUUAUUGAUUAUAUAAGUCAAAAAAUAUUUUAUACGAGAAAAUUCCUGAUUUCCUGCUUUCAUAUUGCAUGUGUUUUGUGUGCCAUAUUUUGUUAUAUGCCAUAAUCCAAUUUAACUUUACCUAUUUUUAAUCAAAUUUGUCGUCACGACUAAAUAUUCAAAUAAGGCUCCAUGAGCCAAAUAAAACGUAUGCAGUUCAACAGUAAACUUCUUUCCCUGCUCCUAGAUUUA